AUGCCUUCUAGUUUCGCCCCGAACAAAAUCGACAAUACGCUUGCGGAGUCUUUUCAAAAGACGAUCCAAAUGCUCAACAACGCGAUUGAUAACAAUAAACACCCUCACGUUGUCGAGCACGCUGAGUUCCUGCUCCAGAAUCAUUUUCUCAAGAUCCUGGAUGCUUCUGCCCAUGCCUAUGCUAUGCAAGGAAAGCCCACUUGUGCACUCGUCGCAGCUGAACGAAUAAUUGAUUAUUCGCCACGCUCAGCAGUUGGAUAUAUUCGAAAAGCCAGCAUCUACUCCAUGUACGGGAAUCAACGCCACGCAAUUGCGGUAUACAACGACGGAGUUCGAAUGGUUGAAUCCAGUCAAGAGGAACAAAUACUGUGUCUCACGACUGCAAGAGAAGAGGCCACCAAGAAAAAUGAAAGCAGAAUCGACUUUAUGGAUAUACUUCCGACUGAAAUUGUGAACAGCGUUAUUAAGCUGCUACCUAAGGACACAACAGUGGCCUGUCUGGAGUUAUCGAAGGUGUGGCGAGAACGGAUACUCGAGUGUACAGAUGCAUGGAGAAACCUAUCAGUCGCCGACACCCAAGAAGACACCAAACUAGUGGAUGAAGCCCAGUACAUCGGCUCUCAUGUUGAGCACCUGAAACUUAGUACAACAAGCAUGUCAAUACGCAUAAAAUACUUGCAGGCCUUAAAAGAGCAUCACUUUAAAAAAAUUCGUUCACUGGAAUUGACAGUGAGCGACACGCUGACGAGUCUUACCGUCGAGAUUACCAACGACCUUCGAGAUAUCACUGUAGCCGAGAUACUUUUAUCCUGUAAUUUGUUGUCCAAUCUCAUCUAUCAGGCAAACUCAACGAUCGAAACCUGUAUAGGCAAUUUCAGCAUGGUCAGCAAAAAUUGUGGACUCACGAAUCUCGAGCUGAAAGCAAAGACGAUCAAUGGGCCUGAUAUUGAAGAGAUGCUACAAAGUUGCCAAAAAUUACGACGGCUUGUCAUGAACGGGUGCCGUACUUCUGUACUUGGCUCAAUUAACCGAUGCGCACCAAAACUUGAGAUUUUGGGAUACAACACCGAUGUCUCAGUUCCUGCGCUAAAGGAUUUGAAAAAGAAGACCGACAGUGAAGAACCUGGUUUAAGAGUGCUCUACACAAACAAUGGCCAAGCCUAUGUUCCCACGUCUGCUAUAUUCCCAUUGAUAUACAAAAGCCGGUAUACUUUGGAGGAGCUGCUAGCGUGUCUAACGGAUUUGACAGCACCAGAGGUCCAGCAAUUCAACACAACCUACAUGUAUUUCAAACUGCCGCGUGUUAUUAAGCUAAACAUGUGGCCUUGCGCUGCUAUACAACCGUAUCUGCUACGCUCGAUUGCUGACAGCGCUUCUUUGAAGCACCUGUGCGUUAUAGCGCCGGCCGACAUUGUCGAAUUGACGAGGACUAUCAUGAACCUUGGCGAACCACUCGUAUCUUUCGAGAUAGCGCAUGUCCAGAGUAUUAAUGGGCGUCCAAGUUUGAUACAGCUGUUUGAGCGAUACGCAAGACUGUCUGAAACACAAAAGUCUUUAGAAUCCGUGAUAUUUCGAUAUUGCGCAGAAAUAUCGGACCCUGUGCUUUCUGCUUUGAGUGGCAUCAAAACUUUGAGCGAGGUCACCUUACGCGGCUUGGCUCACGUUACAACGCAAGGCAUCCACGGGCUUAUUACCAAAUUAUCCGACCAGCUGACGAGAAUCGAGCUGUCUGGGAUGAAUACCAUUACAGACGAUACCAUGCUUGUUCUCGGUAACCUUUGUAACAUUUAUUUUAUCGUGUUGAAUGAUUUGAAGAACGUAACAGAUGACGGCGUACGAGGUCUAAUCAACAAAAUCCCCCAACGCCAAUUGUCUAAGCUCACAAUCACAAUCAAGAAGUGCCCGUUGAUUAACGAUAUAUGUAUCCAACAUGCAACACAGAAAGUAAAAGCUGUAUAUACCACUUAA